GUUUGGCUGUCCUAUCCGAUACGUGCAUUCGAUAUCAUCCGAUUCACGCUACUUACCAACCAUUCUGCAAUGCUGCAGCUACUUGAGCUUGGCCAUGAGGCCGAAGGUGCAUCUCAGUUCGUUGCGUGCUCUCAUCAAUUCAAACAGGUUCUUUGGGCAAAGCAAUCGAGAAGCAGGAUGACUCAGUCCCUGAUGCUGGCGACCGUGUUUUUUUCGGGCGCCUGGAUCCGGAUGCAGUCCAUGGAGUCCACCGAGGUCGAUGAGAUAUCUAUGGGCUUUUCAGCUGUGGUCACACCAGUAUUGCUGAGCGUGCGCCAACGAAUUGUGACAGCCUCCGAUUUGGCCAGCAACACCACUGAGAAACAGCGCCGGCAGGAAGGAUGUCCGGCGGCCUUGUGCUCCUUUUCCCCAGAAGAGGAUGCACCUUUCAUAUUGGAUGCAGAAAACCAAAGCCUGCACAAUCUUUCGUUGACCAAGAUUCCCACUUCCACACCAGAGGCCGGGGUUCCUGGCAAUGUGCGGGAGGGUCACAUCACCUUGAACUUGGAAAGGUCAGAGCAGGAGAUAGACAUCAUCAAUGAUGUCGUCCACUACAAGAGUGCUUACUAUGGCACCAUCAUGGUUGGAAGUCCGCCAAGACCCUUCACUGUAGUCUUUGACACCGGAAGCGGACACCUGAUCCUCCCAAGCUCGUACUGCCACACAGACACGUGCAAGGUACACCGCAGGUACAGAAGGAGCUCAUCAGCAACAGCCAAAGACAUUGAUUGGGAUGGGCGCAUGGUCAGAGCUGGCGAAGCUCGAGAUCAGAUCACUGUAUCCUUUGGUACCGGUGAGGUCACUGGUGUGUUUGUCGAGGACACAAUGUGCUUUGGACAGCGGGGUCCUGGCAUGGAUACCAGCAGCACAAAUGUUCCAGUUGCAGGUGAAGGUGGAGAAAGCUGUGCCAGCAUGAGGUUCAUUGCAGCCACAGACAUGUCGGCAGAUCCUUUCAAAGAUUUUGUGUUCGAUGGCGUUCUUGGUUUGGGUCUCGACAGUCUUUCCCAAACACCUGCCUUCAACUUCCUGCAGGUGGCAUCAGGUCUCACAAGUGAGCGUGGCAGUGGCUUCAGCAAAGCGUUCGGGAUCUUCCUUGCCGUCCACAAUGAGGAGACCAGUCAAAUUACCAUGGGUGGAUGGGCAGAAGAGCACCUUGAGGAGCAGGUGAGCUGGAGUCCAGUUCUAGAUCCAGAACUGGGCCAUUGGCUUUUGCAGAUCAAGGCACUCCGCGUUGAUGGUGAAGUGCUGCCAUUUUGCGACGAUGGCUGCAAGGCAGUGGUCGACUCAGGGACUUCCCUGCUUGCUGUGCCAACUCCAAUUUUUCCGGAAUUGUACGAGAUGCUGAGGUCUCCAGCAUCGCUUGAAGGAGAGUGCUCCACGCGGAGUCCACGGCUCCAGAUUGAACUGGAAGGUUUCACUGUGGAACUUGAUGGAGAGGACUUCAGCAGGCUGGACCAGAAGUCAACCCCAAGCACUCCUGAAUGGGGUCGUCCGCAUACUCCUGCGGAGGAGACUACUCGAAGGGAUAUGACUUGCAAGCCCAUGCUCAUGGUCAUGGACCUGCCUGAACCGAUUGGGCCAAAACUUUUUAUUCUUGGAGAGCCUGUCCUCAAGAAGUUCUACACUGUCUAUGAUGCUGAGAAGAAGCGCAUUGGUUUUGGCCGAGCAAAGCACAAACCAACCAGCUUCGCCCUUGACGGUGACCACUGGUGGCUUGCAGCGGACAGAUGCGGAAAUGUUCAUUUUCUUGCAAGUGUUGAAGCCGUGUUCGCCGUUGAGUCUCAAGAUUGUCGUGUAGGAGGAGGAGCUGGCCCAGGCUGGCAGUACUGCAAGCUUGCAAUUGCGUGGCUUGUGUACAUUGUAUGCAACUUAAUCAUAUACAUAUAUGUAUACAGAGUACUUACUAUCCAUUCAAAGUAGUAUGUAUACAUAUAGUUUCCUUUGCUCUAUCUUGGCUUUGGCGUUGCCCAUUUUGGGAUUUCUUUCACGUUUCCAUACAUCGCGCGACAUAGUCGGCCGUAGGCUAGACAUGUGACCCCGGAGGAGGAAAUGAACGACAUUGCCACUUCAGUGCCAGCAGCUUCUGCAGCUUAAAAGGCUUUCAAAUAUGCACUUGUUGUGUUCAACACACACUCAGUGUACUGCAUUGCGCACGGUAGUCCACUGUUGUCUUUGCAAUGCAGAGUUUCCUGUAAAGCUUGUGCGCAAGGUGGUCUUUGCCAAAAAAUUCUAAUGUUAAUGCAACAUUUGCUCUCAUGAACUGGGCACAUUGAAUCUGUGAGAGUGUAGCCACACGCGGCCAAUUCUUUGUGACCUAUCUUGCAGUGGACAUGAGGGCAACUAGUGCCAACAGUGGUGACCAAUGACACUAAACCUGGUUGUGGACUUGGCCCCAAAGGGGAUCCAGAAAUGCAGACAGCGCCGAAAAAGUGGAAAAGGGAGAGGGCCAAAAGAGAGACCGGCCUUAACUCAAGUGUCAGAAGGAGGCCGAACGGUCUUGAAAACCGCCAACCCAAG